GUGUGGGGUUGGGAAGAGGAUUCUCAGAAGUCACACCUCACUCUGCAGUAGCACUACUAAGGAUGGGUGUGGGUGGCUCUCCCAUGUGCCUCUCUCUCGCCUCAUUCAUGGGAAUGAGGAGCUGGCUGGACAGACCGUUACUCUGGGCUAUUUUUCUUUCUACCACACUUCAGAAUGCUGCAGUGGAUUGUAAGAGGGCGAGAACAAACGAACUACCUUCUCCAAAUUUGAACUCAAGUAUGAAUGUGGUCAGCAUGGGCCAAAAUGUAUCUCUGUCUUGUUCCAGCAAGAACACAUCAGUGAAUAUCACCUAUUCGUUGUUUUUGAGUAAGAAACAUCUACAAACCAAGCUAAGUGGGGAAACGGUGACUUUUUACCUGAAGAUUUCCAAUGCCAACGAAACAGGCCCCUACAAAUGCAAAACCAAUGCUUCCGACCAGUCGAAAUAUAGUCAGGAAUUCAACUUCACAAUUGCCAAAGAGAGCUGCCCUUCCUGUCUGCUGUCACAGCUGCUGCCUGCAGUGUUACUGGGGCUGCUGGUAAUAAUCCUAGUUCUGGUUUUCUUCAUUCGAACAAAAUACAAAAAAGAAAAAGCUCGGAGAAAGAGCGAGUCCAAGGAUUCUGGAGAUGCACCCAUGCAAGGCGAGCUGUAUGCAAACAUCUGUGAGACUCAGACAGAGGCAGGACAACCCCAGGAGCUACACUACAUCACUCCAGUCUUCAAGGAGGUGGCACCCAGGGAACAAGAAGGCCAUGCUGGUAAUAAAGUGGAUUACGUCUAUUCUGACCUCACCUACUGAGGUGUGAAGAAACCGACUGCA